AUGCGCUUCACUACUAUCCUGUCCUCUGUAGCUUUGGCUACCAGCGUCUUCGCCGCUCCUACCCCUGGAGACCUUGAGACUCGCGCUGUGGUGAACCACGAUUCUCUCAAUCCCAUUUCCACUCGCUUGCAAGGUGGAAGGAUUGGUCGUGCAAUCCAGAUGUUCACUCCUCUGCUCCAUAUUGCCCAUGGCUGCCAGCCGUACACUGCUGUCGAUGAUGCUGGAAACACUAGUGGAGGACUCCAAGACACUGGCAACGUCAGCGCCGGCUGCCGCGACGGCAACAAAGGCCAGAUCUACGCCCGUGCUGCAUGGCACAGAGGCAAGUUCGGUAUCAUGUACGCCUGGUACUUCCCUAAAGACCAGCCUAUCGCAGGCAACGUUGCUGGUGGCCACCGUCAUGACUGGGAGAACGUCGUCGUCUGGAUUGACAACCCUGCCAACGAUAACCCCCGUAUCCUCGGUGGUGCUGCUUCCGGGCACGGCUCGUACAAACGUACCAACAACCCUAUUCGCCAGGGCAACAAUGUAAAGGUCGAAUACUUUACUACCUUCCCGACCAACCAUGAGCUCCAGUUCACAAACACUGUUGGCAGGAGCUAUUGGAUUAGCGAUUGGGACCGUAUGCCUGCUGCGGCCCAGGGGGCGCUUGCAAACACGAAUUUUGGUAGUGCAAAUGUGCCUUUCAAGCCCGCCAACUUCAUCAACAAUCUCGACAGGGCUUUUGUUUAA